CUUCGCGGCCGCGCCAUGUGGUACGUGCGCCUCCGCCUGGCGCGCGUUCAGCGCAUGCGCCUCCCCCCUCCCGGCGGCGGCGCGCGGGGCGGGGCGGGGCCGAGCGGGGGCGUUAAUCGCGCGCGGCAGCGGCGUGAGGAGCAACGCGCCCCGGUCCCUCAGCCCGCCAUGGCCGCCGCGUACCGGCUCGUCCUCGUCCGCCACGGUGAGAGCGCCUGGAACCUCGAGAACCGCUUCAGCGGAUGGUACGACGCCGAUCUCAGCCCCGCCGGGCAGCAGGAGGCGCGGCGCGGUGGCGAGGCCCUCCGAGAUGCCGGCUAUGAGUUCGAUAUCUGCUUCACCUCGGUACAAAAACGGGCGAUCCGUACUCUCUGGACCGUCCUGGAUGCCAUUGAUCAGAUGUGGUUACCCGUUAUCCGGACCUGGCGCCUAAAUGAGAGGCACUAUGGGGCUCUCACGGGUUUGAACAAGGCUGAGACAGCAGCGAAGCACGGUGAGGCACAGGUCAAGAUCUGGCGGCGCUCCUAUGACAUCCCUCCGCCUCCCAUGCAGUCUGACCACCCCUUCUACAGCACUAUUGCAAAGGAUCGCCGCUAUGCCGACCUGACAGAGGACCAGCUGCCAACGUGCGAGAGCUUGAAGGACACCAUUGCCCGGGCUCUGCCUUUCUGGAAUGAGGAGAUUGUCCCACAGAUCAAAGAGGGCAAACGAGUCCUUAUUGCUGCUCACGGCAAUAGCCUGCGUGGGAUUGUCAAGCACCUGGAAGGCAUGUCAGAAGAGGCCAUCAUGGAGCUGAACCUGCCUACUGGCAUCCCCAUUGUCUAUGAGCUGGACAAGAACCUGAAACCUGUCAAGCCCAUGCAGUUCCUCGGGGAUGAGGAAACCGUGCGCAAGGCCAUGGAGGCUGUUGCUGCUCAGGGCAAGGCCAAGAAGUGAGGGCAGGCAGCAGAGCACCAUGUAGUAGAGCCCCCUGCCAUCCCCCACCCCUCUGUUCACACCCCCACAGUUGUAGGAACUCGGAGCUGUGGAGCUGGAGGCGCUCCCCACGGUUAGGCCCAUUCCCUCAGACCAGGCUCCCCUCUGCAGAUAGGCUGGGGGCUCUGGGGCGAGGACUGGACAUGGAGGUCUGGUGUGAAAGGCAGCCCUGUCUCUGCCAGGCAGCGACCCCACACUUGUCCAUGCUGUGAUCCCAACCCUCAGACUCUGUCUGCAGAGGGACAGGCCAAGCAAUCCCUUGCCAUGCCAGGCUCCUCCUUUGCUUUGCAUCCCUGGCAGCUCUCGUCACCUGUUUACUGUAGUUUUGUCACUUUAGUCCUCCCGGGAGCAGUGAGGCAAGUGCAGUGCUGGCAGUGACCAAGGUGGGUACCCCAUCCCCUCGUGGGUGCAUGGCACAGUGACUGGGCUGCCACUGGAAGGGUUGUGUUUUGGUGCAUGUGGUACAGCACCCCAGGGUGGUACUCGUGACUUUGGGCUCAGCUCUGCCAGCCCCUGCUUUAACUAUACUGCCUUCAGACAAGGGUGAGGGAGGAAGCCUGUUGCCUGGAGGUCUGUGUCUGACAUGCUUCCCCCAGCUGAUGCCCAUCCUCCUCCUGCUGAAGCAGGUGCUGUUGUGUCCCAUCCCUCAGGCAUGUGUCCGUGGCCUGUCACUGUGGCCCUCCCCCCUGCCGGUGUCAUGAGCCUGGGCUUGUACAGGGUCAGUGUAACUGUCCAACCAUAGCAGCCAUCUUGUUCCAGUUCAAUAAAGGAGUAAUGCGCAAUAA